CAGCUGGUCGGAAACGAAGAAGGAGAAGAAGAAGAAGAAGAAGAAGAAGGAAAAAUUCAUAACCUCCAUCUUUCAGUGCCGCAUGCCUCUGUGGAUAUCAGAGCAGUUGAAAACAUGAAUCAAGAAAAAUUGGCUAAACUUCAAGCCCAGGUCCGGAUAGGAGGAAAGGGCUCUGCACGCAGGAAGAAGAAGGUGGUACACAGAACUGCGACUGCUGAUGACAAAAAGCUCCAGAGUUCACUAAAGAAGUUGGCUGUCAACAAUAUUGCUGGAAUUGAGGAGGUCAACAUGAUCAAGGAUGACGGGACUGUGAUCCACUUCAACAACCCCAAAGUGCAGGCCUCCCUGUCUGCCAACACAUUCGCCAUCACGGGCCACGCUGAGACCAAGCAGCUGACGGAGAUGCUCCCCGGCAUCCUCAGUCAGCUGGGAGCCGACAGCCUCAGCAGCCUGCGCAAACUGGCAGAACAGUUCCCUCGGCAAGCUCUCGACAGCAAAGCUCCAAAAGCAGAGGACAUUGAGGAAGAGGAUGAUGAUGUUCCAGAUCUGGUGGAGAACUUCGAUGAAGCGUCAAAGAAUGAAGCAAACUGAUGAAACAUGAGGUUCUUGUGCACAUGAAACUGGACUGCAACAAAGCAAGAAACCUUCUCCGGUGUUUAUAAGUGUAGACAUAUCAGACACUACCCCCCACAAACCAGAGACUUUUCUAUUUCCCAAUGGCCUCUGGAUAUCUGAGUCAGACUGGCUUGUGCACAAACCCCCCCCCAAAAAAAACAACUCCCUUCUGGUAAAAGGUUAAGUCCCUUCACCACAUUGUCAGUCAUGGUCAGGAUUACAGUGGUCAUUAAAGCUAGUCUUAAGACUUUUUUUGUUUAUGAAACAAAAUAAAGGUGAUUAACAUUUUUUA